GGAAGAGAGGGUACUGUAUAAAUAUAGCGGCCUUCAGGCGCUGGUAUGGGUAGCCAUAACAACUCCAUAACCAGAAAACUUAAGCCAAUGUUAUUAUCAAAUCCAACACUUUUAUAACAAUCAAAAGUUUUGUUUACAGUUUGAGAACUAAAUGAACAAAUAAAAUGUUUUCACAACAGAUAUCGUUAUAAUAAUCACACGUUUUUAUUAUUAUUCAUCGGAUUUAAUGUCUUAUCGUAACAACAGAUCCAUUAAAUGGCAACAAAUCAUAAAAAUAAUGAAAACAAAACAACUGGCGAUGAGAGCCAUGAGGUGGUGAUCGAUAGUCAGCCCACGAGUGGUCACAAAAUCGGACAAAAGUUGACCGAAGAGGAAGAGUUGGCCGCAUUGGGCCUCAAACCUAAUUCUUCAUCGGCCGAUCCGUGCGCUUGUCUUUGUUGUGUGUUUUGUGUGGAGAUGUGUUUAGCGCCGACGGGAGGGGCGCCACCGGUUCCCGCGCACAUACGAAUGCAACGCAAAGCCGUGGGUUUACACAAUUGGGAUAACGAUAGCAAUGAUGGCGACAAUUCACACGACGGCGACUUUGAUUGGGCCGUCAGUCUCUCCAAUAAUAUAAUGGGUGACAAUAGUGGCGGAGGCGGUGGUGGACACCAUCACGACGGCGGCGAUGGCGGUCACGACGGAGGUUGCGAUGGAGGCGGCGGUGAUGGGGGAGGAGGUGGUGGUGGCGGAGGUGAUGGCGGCGGAGGUGAUUAG